AUGACAACCCACGACGGCGUGGCCGAGGACUUGUUACAAUGCCUUCCAGGUGACCGAGUAGCUGUUUUCUACAGUGACGAUACUUACUGGCAUGAGCGAGUCUUGAUCUGGAAGGCGAGUGACAUUUCUUGGUAUGUUUUGACUCCUGACAUGGACCUUUAUGAAGAGAGCUUUACAUUGGUUGGCGACGACGGUCCUGUGAAGAUGAAGGUGAAGGGGAAGCAUUUUGAAUAUUAUUCAAGACUGCGUGCGCCAGUGUAUAGGUUUUCUUCUGGCUUGACCGAAGAGGAGAUGAGGACCUACAUCGAGAAGGCGCAAGACGAGCUGAACAUGGAGGUCGUGCCUUUAGAUGGCUGGAGGCCAAAAGAGGUGCGUGUGGGUCAGAGGGUGGUCCCAACCUCGGUUCUUCUUGGCAGGAGAUUCGUGCCCAGGCGCAUUACCAGGCCGCCCGGCGGAGCUGCGUCAAGAGGUGUGGUGGACCAGCCGGAAAGAGCCACAGAGGCUUCAGCAGAUCUGCCUCUAGGGCUUUUGCCCCUCGAGCCAGCUCCUGCAGGCUACAUGUGGGUGUGGUUUCCCCCCCUCAGACCCGGAGCUGUCGACAUUCCUCGGGAGGUGGCGGUUGUCGAGGGUCAGGGGGUUCGAGCAGGAGAAGAUUUGGGUCUCAUCAAGCGGGGUGACGGCUGGCUUCCUUUGACCUUAGUCGCCAUUGACCAGGCUUCGGAGAUUUUUGGCUGCUACUUGGGGCGACAGAGGACCUCCGAGGCCUUACAUGCCGAUGAGGGCCUACCUUCGGCCAGGAAUGCGAAUGAGGAAGGCGCCGUAUCUUCUACUGAGCCUUUGGAUGCAAGGGUCCUUGGUGUGGAUUACAACUCCGUGAACGAAAGACACAAACAUUGGCGCGAGGUUGUCAAUGAGUGCAAGCAGUAUGAGUUCCCCGACUGGCCUCUUGAGGGACCGAUGAGCGUGGGCCACCUUAUUCGACAUUUCCAUAGCUUUGGAGGUGAUCCCAAGAGAUGGCUCCUUGAAUGGAUGCGUUCCAAGAACAUCGCGGAGAACGACCGUGUGGCUCACGAGAUGCGUUGUUUGGUGGACGUCAUGUUCACAGCUGGUUGUUAUGACCAGUUGAAUCUAUGCUCCCUCGCGAGCAUAGAAGUGGUCGGGCGUCGAAUGCAAGCUAUCAUCGACGCCUACACCUUGGGAGGUUCAGCCGGGCCUGACUGGCAAAACGCCAAGGUUAUCGCCGGUUACCGCAGUGCAGAUGAUGCGGUGUCACCAAGCUUGCGAUCGUGGGCAGCCAGGCGCACCAAAGAAGAAAUUGACAUGGCAUCUUCUCGUGCUAAGAUCCGUGAGCAUCGCAAAGGCCUGCUGGUGACCGAUGAGGCUGCAGGUGCGGUGGCAGACGGCGUGUUGCCGACAACCGGGGCAAAGGCCAAAGCCAAGGCGAAAGGCCGUGGCAAGGGGCUGACUGCCCCGGAUGGUCAGUGA